CCUGGCUUUGUCAGCAUGAUUGUGGUCACAGCGUUGUUUGGCGACUUCUUACCUAGCCAGCCCUUAAAGCUGCACCGUCAUCUCCCAGUGCCAUCCAGCCUGUGGAGCUCACUGGGACCCGUGGGCAAACGGGGUCCAGACAAGGUUCGAGAACUUGUCUUGGACAAUUGCAAAUCAAAUGAUGGAAAAAUUGAGGGCUUAACAGCUGAAUUUGCAAACUUGGAGUUCCUCAGUUUAAUAAAUGUAUGCUUGCUUUCAGUUUCAAAUCUCCCUACGCUACCUAAAUUGAAAAAGCUUGAGCUCAGUGACAAUAGAAUCUUCGGAGGUCUGGACAUGUUAGCAGAAAAACUUCCAAGUCUCACACAUCUAAACUUAAGUGGAAAUAAACUGAAAGAUAUCAGCACCUUGGAACCUUUGAAAAAAUUGGAUUGUCUGAAAAGCCUGGAUCUGUUUAAUUGUGAGGUCACCAACCUGAAUGACUACCGAGAGAGUGUCUUCAAGCUCUUGCCUCAGCUAAGCUACCUGGAUGGGUAUGACAGAGAGGACCGGGAAGCCCCAGAUUCAGAUGCAGAAGUGGAUGGUGUAGAUGAAGAGGAGGAGGAUGAAGAAGGAGAAGAUGAGGAGGACGAGGAAGAUGAGGAUGGUGAGGAGGAAGACUUCGAUGAAGAAGAGGAUGAGGAUGAAGAUGAAGAUGUAGAAGGGGACGAGGAUGAAGAUGAAGUCAGUGAGGAAGAAGAAUUUGGACAUGAUGGAGAAAUUGAUGAAGAUGAAGAGGAUGAGGAUGAAGAUGAGGAUGAAGAGGAGGAAGAAAGCGGAAAAGGUGAAAAGAGGAAGAGAGAAACAGAUGAUGAAGGAGAAGAUGAUUAAGACCCAGAUAACUUGCAAAAACAGAACUGUUCAGUAUUGGUUGGACUGCUCAUGGAUUUGGUAGCUGUUUAAAAAAAAAAAAAAAGUAGCUGUGAUACAAACCCCAGGACACCCACCUACCCAAAGAGCCAAAGAAUAGUUCCUGUGACAUUCCACCUUCCUCCAUUUAGUCCCUCUUGGUAAUCCACCACCAAGCUUGGGUACUUUUCCCCAGCAAAAUUGUAAGCGUUGUUAGGUUUUUGUGUAAGACUUGCUGUUGCAUGGCUAGCUGUGAUUGGUGAGUCAACCAUCUAUGGCUACCAGUUACACUGAGAUUGUAACAGCAUUUUUACUUUCUGUACAACAAAAAAAGCUUUGUAAAUAAAAUCUUAACAUUUUGGGUCUGUUUUUC